GUACGAAUAAAUUGGAAUCGGUUUUUAAAGAAACUGAGGGCAACCGUGAACUGAUGGGACUUAUAGCAGGUCAUGUAUUCAAAUACAAAGAGAGUGAAGUUCAGCAACUGAGGACAGACAUGAAAAGUCAAGUGGACCCGCACCUAUCUCUUUGGGAAUCUGUUGGCGUAGAGAUCAAAGGUCAUCAGCUCAUCUACCUUGGCGAGCCAUAUGAACCACUUUUCAGCCAACCUUUGCUAAGCUCRCUCGGAGCUAUAUUCCGCAUACCGCUCACCAAGAAAUGGCCAGGUUUCGAGGUUGUUAUUCAAAAUACCGGGCCAGAAUACUGCGUUGCAAUAGGUGUGCUCACAACUACACGUGUUUCAAGCCAAAGUUCCGGAUUUGGCGGAUUGCAGGCAGAUGCAGGGUUUGUUGCUGAUAGAGGAUUGAUCUUUGAUAUGAACCGGAUCACGUGGGAUGAUAACAAAGAAUGCGAAGAAUAUGUGGCAAAAAGAGGCGAUUUGAUUGGUUGUAAGGUGCUGUUUGAUUGUCAGUCAAAUGAUGGUAUUCUUCCCAUGUCGAUCACCCUUAAUUCGCGAGUCAUUGGAAAAGCUGAAAUAAGACCAGGAGGUAAAGACCUUUUCCCAUUUGUUAGUUUUGGAAAUGAAGGGACUACUGUACUGUUCAAGCUCUGUCCCUCAUCAGAAGAACAGUUUGCACACACAGAUGUACUGUCAGAAGAAAUCUCAGACCUGAAAUCUGAAAUCUCGGAGCUGCGUUCAACCAUGAAGGUUUUAUUGGAUGCUCUAGCUGCGAGCAAAAAAGGCAAUUGAUGACAUAACUUGAUAUUUAUUCAUUCCUAGCACUGGAAUCGGGUAAAGAAGUGGUAUGGUAUAAACACCUAUAUUUCGGUAAAACAUUGGAAUCAAAGGUUUUUAUCAUCAAAGCUAAAUAAUCGUGACAUCAUUACGUAAACGAUAUACAUAU